CUGGGACAAUUCUCCUCUGCAUCUUCUUCUUCUCUCCCUCGCUUUCUCAGCCCAAAUCGAUCUUUGAAUCUUUGAAUUCUUUUAGUUCAACUAUUUUUCUCCUCGCUCUCCCCCCCCCCCCCCAUAAAGCAACGCAUAGAGACACACGAACCAUUCAGAAAAAAGAAAAAAGAAAAAAUCGUUCUUCAUCAAUAUGAUGAAGAAUCGAAACAGUGAGAAGGUAUCAAAGAAAUGGAUUCUCAUUCUCUCUGUCUCCAGCUUCGCUCUUGGAAUGUUCUUCACAAACAGGGUGUGGGCUCCUCCCGAAUCAGAUGGUCAGAUCAUAACUCGUCGACGGCAAGAACAGGAGUUGAAACUUGUUUCUGGGGAUUGUGUCACAAAACAGAAGCUUGGACGACAAGAGAAGGAUAUAAUGGGGGAAGUUUACAGGACCCACGAAGCAAUUCAGCCGGUUAGAUCUUUAGAUAAGACUAUUUCAUCACUUCAAAUGGAGCUCGCCGCGACAAGGAGAGGUCAGGAGAUGGGAAUCAGCGACUCUCAUGCAAUUCAUGAGGGCUCACCGAAGAAGAAGAAGGCAUUUGUGGUCAUUGGAAUAAACACUGCAUUUAGUAGCAGGAAGAGGCGCGAUUCGGUCAGAGAGACUUGGAUGCCUCAAGGGGAGAAGCUACUUCAACUGGAGCGAGAGAAGGGUAUUGUAAUACGCUUCAUGAUCGGGCACAGUGCAACAUCCAAAAGCAUUUUAGAUCGAGCUAUUGAUAUGGAAGAUGCACAGCAUAAGGACUUUCUGAGGCUGGAACAUGUUGAGGGGUAUCAUGAACUUUCUGCUAAAACAAAAAUCUUCUUUACCACUGCUGUUGCAAUAUGGGAUGCUGAAUUCUAUGUCAAGGUGGAUGAUGAUGUCCAUGUCAAUUUGGGUAUGCUAGCUGCAACUCUUGCCCGUCACCGUGCUAAGCCCAGAGUCUACAUGGGCUGUAUGAAAUCUGGACCUGUUCUUUCUCAAAAGAAUGUCAAGUACCAUGAGCCAGAAUACUGGAAAUUUGGGGAAGAUGGAAACAAAUACUUCCGACAUGCUACUGGACAGAUAUACGCGAUUUCAAAAGAUCUGGCUAGAUAUAUCUCAAUCAACCGGGACAUAUUGCACAAGUAUGCAAAUGAAGAUGUGUCACUUGGUUCUUGGUUUAUUGGUCUUGAAGUUGAGCACAUCGAUGAACGUAACAUGUGCUGUGGGACUCCACCAGAUUGUGACUGGAAGGCACAGGCAGGCAGUGUAUGCAUUGCCUCAUUUGAUUGGAGCUGCAGUGGAAUUUGCAAAUCUGUGGAGAAGAUCAAGAAUGUUCAUGCAAAAUGUGGUGAAGGAGAUGGAGCUGUUUGGAGUGCUUUAUUUUAAGUUACUAGAAUGAAGGUGUUAGGCAAUGUCUGUGAUAUCAUGUUUCCACUACUGCCUAAUGACUGAGGUAAGCAAGAUUUCUUUAGUGAAGCAUCAACAAGCAGUUUUGAAGAUUCAGACAAGAGAGAACAAUGCACAUAGAGAUGGUUCAUUUUCCCUCAACUAUGCCUGUACAUCUCGCUGAAAGCCUUUAGGUGAUUGUUAUGUGGAUUCCAAAUGGCAUGAGCUACACCAAACCACUUUCUUAUUGUUGGUUGUUGCUCUGGUUCAGGGCAUAGUCAGAAAUUCAGUUGCUUCCCAUGUGUUUUAUUCUUUUGGGGUUAGGAUAAUAGGAUAUUUAUACAGAAAAAUCAAUUCUCUCA